AGAAGGAAAACACAUUUCGGCCAGCACAAAUUCACGAAAUACUCUUUAUUCGAACGACACGGGGAUCUCUUGUUCAGUAGAUCACCAGCCUUACUCCGACGUUUAUUACGAAUUAUUCGGUGACUCGGUGACAACUACAUACGUUUCUUUUUGUGGAUAGCUUUAAUUUGAAAUAAAAAGAAAUAUUUGGUAUUUUUGAUAUAUUCUUGCGUUAAGGAAUAAGCGGGCGAGAAAGAAGUGAAAUUUUUUUUUUAUAAAAAAAUUGCAAUUUUUAUUAUUAAAUAAUUAAUAAAGAAAUUUAAACAUAAUGUCUUCAUCCCAAGCUGUACGCUCGUCAAAAUACUCCUACAGGGCCACUUCAACUGGACCCGGUGUGGCUGAUAUUAACAUCGAAUACUCAGCCGAUUUGAGCGCCCUCUCGCGCUUGGAGGACAAAAUCCGUUUGCUCCAAGAUGAUCUUGAAGUUGAACGUGAAUUGCGUCAAAGAAAAGUUAUAUGUAUAGAACUCCAGUUAAGUGUGCAACACAAUCUUCCAUCAAAUGGAAAACCAACGGAAGAAGCGUUUUCGGCUACAGUAGCUAUUAUAAACCCAUAA